GUUUGUUGAUCGCCUUUUUUUUUUUUUCACCGUUUGCGGGAUUUGCAAACCGAGUUACAUGCAUGUCCAGUGGGGGUAGGUUUAAUUUUGACGAUGGAGGGUCCUACUGUGGAGGCUGGGAGGACGGCAAGGCGCACGGCCAUGGCGUCUGCACCGGCCCCAAGGGCCAAGGCGAAUACACCGGCUCGUGGAGCCACGGCUUCGAGGUACUGGGCGUCUACACCUGGCCCAGCGGCAACACGUACCAGGGCACUUGGGCGCAGGGCAAGCGCCACGGCAUCGGCCUGGAGAGCAAGGGGAAGUGGGUGUACAAGGGCGAGUGGACGCACGGAUUUAAGGGGCGCUACGGGGUGCGGGAGUGCACGGGCAACGGGGCCAAGUACGAAGGGACCUGGAGCAACGGGCUGCAGGACGGCUACGGCACCGAGACCUACUCCGAUGGAGGGACCUACCAGGGCCAGUGGGUCGGCGGCAUGCGUCAGGGCUAUGGUGUGCGGCAGAGUGUCCCCUACGGCAUGGCAGCAGUCAUUCGCUCUCCCCUGAGGACCUCCAUCAACUCCCUGCGCAGCGAGCAUACCAACGGCGCCGCGCUGCACCCCGACGCCUGCCCCGCCGUGGCCAGUAGCCCAGCCGUGUCCCGGGGGGGCUUCGUGCUCGUGGUGCACAGCGACUCUGAGAUCCUCAAGAGCAAGAAGAAGGGGCUGUUCCGGCGCUCGCUGCUGAGCGGGCUGAAGCUGCGUAAGUCGGAGUCCAAGAGCAGCCUGGCCAGCCAGCGCAGCAAGCAGAGCUCUUUCCGCAGCGAGGCCGGCAUGAGCACCGUCAGCUCCACGGCCAGCGACAUCCACUCUACCAUCAGCCUGGGUGAGGGCGAGGCCGAGCUGUCAGCCAUCGAGGACGACACCGACGCCACCACCACCGAGACCUACGUGGGGGAGUGGAAGAGUGACAAGCGCUCGGGCUUCGGCGUGAGCCAGCGCUCGGACGGGCUCAAGUACGAGGGCGAGUGGGCUGGCAACCGGCGGCACGGCUACGGCUGCAUGACCUUCCCCGACGGCACCAAGGAGGAGGGCAAGUACAAGCAGAACAUCCUCGUGAGCGGCAAGCGCAAGAACCUCAUCCCGCUGCGUGCCAGCAAGAUCCGCGAGAAGGUGGACCGGGCCGUGGAGGCGGCCGAGCGGGCGGCCACCAUCGCCAAGCAGAAGGCGGAGAUCGCGGCCUCCAGGACCUCCCACUCCCGGGCCAAGGCCGAGGCGGCCCUCACCGCGGCUCAGAAGGCCCAGGAGGAAGCACGCAUCGCCAGGAUCACUGCCAAAGAGUUCUCCCCUUCCUUCCAGCACAGGGAAAACGGGCUCGAGUACCAGCGGCCGAAGCGGCAGCGUUCCAGUGACGACAUCGAGGUCAUCUCCGCCGGGACACCCUUACAGCAGGAGAGCCCAGAGCUGUACCGCAAGGGUACCACCCCCGACGACAGCCCCCUACAGAGCUUCCCCGCCAGCCCCACGGCCACCCCUCCACCGGCCCCCGCCUCGAGGAACAAGGUGGCCCACUUCUCCCGGCAGGUCUCGGUGGACGAGGAGCGGGGUGGGGACAUCCAGAUGCUCCUGGAGGGCCGGGGAGGGGACUGCGCCCGGAACAGCUGGGGAGAGAAGGCCGGGGGCUCCAGGGGUGUCCGCAGCGGCGCCCUCCGCAGCGGCCAGCCCGCGGAAGCCUUCCGGGCCCGGGGCCCAGGCCACAGGCAGCCCAGCAACCCCAAGCCCCGGGAGCGGCGGACGGGGUCCCCCACCACGUUCUCCUGGACUUCCCACCACCGGGCCGGCAACCCCGGCCCAGGGAGCACCAAGCUGCUGGAGCUGGACGAGGAGAAGCUGAGCAACUACGAGAUGGAGAUGAAGCCCCUGCUGAGGAUGGACUCGUACGCGCAGGAGGUGCAGCCCCCGAAAAGACGCUACAGCAAGGGGGGCACCGACGACCGGGGCUUCGGGGCCCAGAGACUGCGGUCCAAGUCCCAGAACAAGGAGCACGCCAGGCCUGCCUCGUGCGCGGAGCCCGCGGUUCAGAGGCUGCAGAGCCUGCGGCUGGGGGACCGGGCGGAGCCCCGGCUGCUGCGCUGGGACUUGACCUUUUCUCCGCCCCAGAGGUCCUCACCGGUGGCGCUGGAAUCGGACGAGGAGAAUGGGGACGAGCUCAAGGCCACCACGGGCUCGGCGCCUAUCCUGGUGGCCAUGGUGAUCUUGCUAAACAUCGGAGUCGCCAUUUUGUUUAUUAACUUUUUCAUCUGA